CGCCCAGGCUAUGAACCUUGUUAUUGCUGUUCUCUCUCCCUCCUGCUCAAGGAUAUCUGAAGAGAUGCAGUUCCCAGAGAAAGGAAACUGCAAUUGGAUUAGAGAUGGUAGUGACUGACCCACAUUUUGCUCUCUCUUCUUCUUAGAAGCAUCCUGAUUUUUUUUAAAAGAAAAACAACAUUAUUUUUUACAUUGACACUUUGUAAAAAGUGGGGCACAAAGUGUGUCCCCUUUCCUGCUUCACAAGCCAUGCCACCACAGGAGCUACUGGAUUACUCACCCACUUUACGAAGGAGAUGCAGCACCCCCAGAGGCAGCGGCUCAGAGCUGGGCAUCAAAUGUGUCCUCAUAGGGGAUGGGGCUGUGGGCAAAACCAGCCUGAUUGUUAGCUACACCACAAAUGGAUACCCAGACCAGUACCAGCCAACUGCCCUGGAUACCUUCUCAGUUCAGGUCCUAGUGGAUGGCGCACCAGUUCGUAUCCAGUUAUGGGACACUGCAGGACAGGAAGAUUUUGAUUGCCUGCGCUCUCUCUGUUACCCUGACACUGAUGUUUUCUUGGUUUGCUUCAGCGUUGUGAACCCCACAUCAUUCCAAAACAUCACAGAGAAAUGGAUCCCUGAGAUAAGAACUCACAAUCCUCAGACUCCAGUGGUGCUAGUGGGGACACAGGCUGACCUGCGGGAUGAUGUCAAUGUGCUGAUCAGUUUGGACCACUACCGUGUAAAGCCUGUUCCUACAACUCAGGCUGAAGGACUGGCUGAGAAAAUCCGGGCUCAGACAUACGUAGAGUGCUCUGCUCUGACUCAAAAGAACCUGAAGGAGGUUUUUGACACAGCCAUUGUAAGUGCAGUGGAGCACAAAGCUCAGCAAGAAAAGAAAAUGACAGCCAAGGGAAUAAAAACUCUUUCCAAAUGUCGCUGGAAGAAAUUCUUCUGCUUUGUCUGAAGCUGGUUUGGCAAUGCAAAGACUUAAAAGCCAGCCUAACCAGCCUGGACCUCCUAACCUUCUCUCCCAGAAAGUGAAGUGACUCACUAAAGAUUCUGGAGGAGGAGAGUGAUAAGCCAAGGUGACCCAGAGCCCCAGAUCUUUCUGGGAUAUGGUAUAACUUACCUGUGUGGCAGGAAGUGGAUAUCCUAUGGUUCAUGUGACCUUUAUGCAACUGGGAUGCUGCAUUUGUUGUUCA